GUGCUUUUGACUUACCGAUUGAAAGCUCUCUUUUGGAGGCUGCGGGAACACCAUCGUGCUGCAAUUAAGGUGAUUCGUAGGAUGCAGUACUUUGUGGCAAAGAAAAAGUUUCAGCAAGCUAGAAAGCCCUAUGAUGUCCGAGAUGUUAUUGAGCAGUAUUCUCAGGGUCACCUCAACCUGAUGGUGCGAAUCAAGGAGUUACAGAGGAGGUUGGACCAGUCCAUAGGGAAGCCAUCUCUUUUUAUCUCUGUCUCAGAGAAAAGCAAAGAUCGAGGAAAUAACACGAUUGGUGCCAGGCUGAACAGAGUGGAGGACAAGGUUACACAAAUGGACCAGAAACUGAACCUCAUUACGGAUAUGUUGCAUCAUCUGGUUUCCCGUCAGCAGGGGGAUCAAGGGAACAACAGAUCAUCUCAGAGAGGCAACAACGUCAACUCAGAUCUCUUCCUCCCUAACAACACUCUGCCGACCUAUGAGCAACUGACAGUACCAAGAAGAAACGAAGAUGACAUAUCUUGAUGUGGUACAAGUCUGGGCUGGGUUCUUUCUGCCCUUCUCCUUUAAAUGGGACUGAAUGUUGAGAACCUGGAAGAAAUUAAGCCCAUCAGACAACCAAGAAAGCACGUGACUACUGCAUCUCUACCAAUAGUCUCAAAUACGCUCCUCUAAAGUUGCUCAUAGUAGCCAAAGGAUUGCCAGGCUUUCUUCCACCAGGGAAAACUUCUGGACGCUCUACCUUGAUUUUGUUCGUGUAUAAAUGAUCACAACUUGUUCUUUCUCAGAAAGACCAAAAUGAUGUCAAGACAGGCAAAAUGGCAAGGAUUUAGAGCUCCUUCAAUAAUAAUAAUAAUGAUAGUAAUAAUAAUAUUCUAAUAAUACUUGAACUUAGGUGGAAAAAGUGCAUUCUGUUUAUGAAUCUGCAGAUAGCAAUAUAUUUCUACUACUAAGGUUUUUAAAACAAACUAGGAUAACUUAUGUUGUUUUUAUUGUAUAAACAUACACUAACAUUCUAGACAAUAACAAACCACAUACUGAAUGAUUUUCUUUUUCUGUUUUAUUUCAAUGUUACUACAUAAACAGUUAUGAGAUGAUGACUAGAUUUUUUAAAUCUGUUUUUCUUCAGGGAGGAACUAAUCCUUAAUCUGGAACAGUACUAUUUAUAGUGGAAAGUGAUAUAGAUUUUCUAAGAUAUCAGUUUUUCAUGGGGAGACAAUAAAGUAUUACACAGCAAAAAAUUAUUCUGCUCUCUAGAAAAUUGUUGCCAAAGAAUUUAUAUAUAAAUAAAAACCACAGUGGUCUGAAUGUACUUGUCCUGACAUAGCAUUUUAA